GGAGAGCCCCGCCUCACGGGAAAGUCGAAAGCGAAAGCCCCCUAAAAUAGCAACGACCGUGACGUCCUCCGCCGGGCCGGAAUCCUGUAAUCGCAACCGCACGCGACCCCAAUUGAAUUCGCCAUUGAAGCUUCCGAUCACGCGCAGAGAUGGCGCGUUAAGAGAAUAUGCCGCUCUCGAGAUAGGAAGAUGCUCUGGCUCAGUGACGCCGAAUCGCGCCACGUGUGACACCACCUGGCGAAUGUCAGGGGCAUCAUCUUCUACAGAGGAUUUCUCAUUCGAUCGAUCAGACCCCUCCACCCCCCACCCCUCUCUCUACGUGUACUUUAUAAAGUCGAUGGACAUGUAUUUCGGUUCAAUUAACUAGGGUUUCAUGAAUUUGGUCUCGUGAAACCCCCGCAUCGGGAUUGGCAUUUCAGGUAACGAUUCCGAGCAUCGAAUUUAAUCGGUUCUGGAAUUCGGAUAUGCGAAAGGAUUGUUUUUUUGUUCUCUUUUUGAGGGUGUAAUGAUUUGAUGUUAAAUUGGAGGGAUUGAGCUAGGUUUUCAUUGUUUGGAUUCGGACCUAUUUAUACAAAGGUGUUGAUGGUUUUUGUUUCGAGACGAGGUCUUCAGCGUAAAUCAAUUGCGCGGCAUAACUCAUGAGGUUUGGGGGAUGUUUCUUGGGGCCAAUGGCAAUCUGGGGCUGUUGGGCGUAAGAGAUGUGCGUGCGUCAUAUUGAAUGCACAUGCUCUACACAAUCGUCAUUUCAGUUUGAGAUCGAUAUUCAGCAGCAACACCAUCAGGCAGUAUAUUGGAUGGACAACUCUUUGGCGACCAUGGGUUCACUCUCGAGUUCUAAUGAUGAAAACCCUCGUGUGAAGUUUUUGUGUAGCUUUUCAGGCAGUAUUUUGCCGCGCCCCCAAGAUGGGAAGCUGAGGUAUGUGGGCGGUGAGACUCGGAUAGUGAGUGUGCCCCGCGAUAUUACUUAUGAAGAGCUGAUGACGAAAAUGAGGGAGCUUUACGAGGGGGCGACAGUGUUGAAGUAUCAGCAGCCUGAUGAGGAUCUCGAUGCUCUUGUGUCAGUUGUGAAUGAUGAUGAUGUAAUCAACAUGAUGGAGGAGUAUGAUAAGUUGGGUUCGGGAGAUGGGUUCACUAGACUCAGGAUUUUUUUGUUUACGCACCCUGAUCAGGAUGCUUCAUCACAUUUUGUUGAUGGGGAUGAAAGGGAUACCGAGAGGAGAUAUGUGGAUGCUUUGAACAGUCUUAAUGACUCCCCUGAAUUUUGGAAGCAGGAGGGUAAUGAAUCAGUGGUAGCAGGUGGCCUAGACGACAUCCAUGCUGCAGAGCAGUACUUUAGCCAGAUAAGUCUUGAGGGUGGCCUUCACAACCAGAAUAUCCCACAGUUUAAUUUGCGCCACCUCACAAUACCUCAUAUGGGUUCAGGACAGCUCCAACAAAUGGAAGCGCCAUGGAGCCCAGCAUACUACUCCCCUAGGCAUCCUGGCACCCAUGAUCCAAGGGCAUCGGUGGAGUUUCCAACUUCACCUUCUUCAGCCCGGUACCGUUCAUCACCAUAUGGAGAAUUCUCAGAAAAAGGCUUGGAUAGAAUGUCUGACGAAUACAGUCGGCAGCACGUGAAUCAUCAAUCCCCAUUGGACAACCAACCACAAUUUUCGGAUAACGUUGUAUGGUUGUCAAACGGGCCUACACCUGGUGAUAAAUCUGGUUUUCCAGGCAAUGUACUUCAUAGCCCCAAUAUUUUUGAUGGGAGCAGCAUCUGUGAGCAUUGCAGAAUGGCUUUCCACAGAAAUCAAGCUUAUCCUGAUUCACCUUGGAAGCAUGGAGAACAUCCACAUUUGGAGCAGCCCAAUGUUGCAAAUGGACUUCACCAGGUUACCAGUCCAAGUGCCGAAUGCCCUCCAAAUAGGGAAACAUUCAUGCUGAGUACAGAUGCGAAAUAUCAGCAUGGGUUUUACCCCAGAGAGCCGAAUGAUCUGCGACCCCUCUAUAAUGAAGCUCACAAUCACGAGCGAGCAUGGAUUAUGCAGCCUCAAUCAAAUCCCAGGGUUGAUGAACCGAGAUCUCAUAUUCCUGGAGCCGGACGACUGAACGAUCCCUACAUUGUAGAUGGUACUGGCAUGCAUAUUCCUAUUCUGCCAGGAAAUUUGGCAGAUGGCAACCAUGUGACCUCAAAUUUUGUGCAUGAAGACAUGAGGUACAUCAGGCCUGGACCUGAACUAAGGAACGAAGUGUUUCAUGACCACACUUUGGCCUCUGGAUCUCAUAUUCACGUUCCUCCUCUUGAUGAGCGUGGGGCUAGGUAUGGAUAUCCUUAUGGGGCAGAUAAUCUUCACCAAGCAUCACAUGGACAUGCACCUGCACCUGCACAUGGGUUAUGGAGGCAUGUUCAUAAUCCAUUGCAAGUGGCUACGCCUUAUGAGGUAUCUGCUUCACCCCCACAGACAAAUGGUGUGGUGAGUCCAGGAUUUAUCAAGGGUUCACUGGAGAGUAGUCCCAGAUUCAGUAAUGGGGUGGAGAGUCACAAUCCUUGGGUUGAAUCCUCACAAAAGAUGGUGGGAGUUGACGCUUCCACCCCAGGUGUUUCUUAUGGUCAUGCCCUGAAGCUGAACCCACAAACUUAUGCACAGGAAAAUCAAUGCCUGGUUAAUGCUGAAAGUGUUCCAUCCACAAUUGACAUGUUAAGUAUGACCAAUCCUAGAGAUCCUGUGCAGCUAUCUGAUUCAGUUUCGGUUUUGACCAGUGAUAGAUUGGCAUCUUUGACAACCCUUGUCUCAGAAUUAAGAAGUGAUACUCAUGUUACUGAGUCUGUAAAGAUGGUGGAGAAAUGUAUAAAUCAAGAAAGGAAAGAAGCCGAUUGGGUAGAGAAGGUGGGAGACUCCAUUGUGGAGGACAUCGCUGUUCCUGAUCGAAACAAGAAUCUAGGCGUAGCGUCUUCUGGCUCUAUCAAUUCAAAUGGCUUAAGGCCUGUUGAAGAGUGCAGUGGGAUUGUUAAAGCAAAUGAAAAUGGUGCCCAUGCUCCACUUGAGGAUAAAGCGCUCUGUGAUCAUUUGAGUUUCUUACCUGAAAUCAUUUCUUCUAUAAAGAAGGAAACUUUAGAAGGUGUUGGGGAGGUGAAAACAAAAGCUACAGAUGUUGAUUCUAUUAUUGAGCAAGAUGUGACUUCAAAAGAAGAAACUAGAAAUGAGCCAGAAUCAGCAGAUGUGCAUGGGGAUGUGGAAUUAGAUUCUGACAAUGACAAUCCAAACAAUUCCAAGAUUGAGCCAACAAAAGCUGAAGAAGAAGCCAUUAAAAUGGGAUUGCAGACUAUCAAAAAUGAUGAUCUGGAGGAGAUUAAGGAACUGGGUUCAGGUACUUAUGGCGCUGUUUAUCAUGGGAAAUGGAAGGGUUCGGAUGUGGCAAUCAAGAGAAUCAAAGCCAGCUGCUUUGCUGGAAGACCUUUGGAGAGGGAACGCUUGAUUGCAGAUUUUUGGAAGGAAGCUUUAAUAUUAAGCUCAUUACAUCACCCAAAUGUAGUUUCUUUCUAUGGUAUAGUUCGCGAUGGUCCCGACGGGUCCCUUGCAACUGUGACGGAAUUCAUGAUCAAUGGAUCAUUAAAGCAGUUUCUACAGAAAAAGGACAGAACGAUUGAUCGUCGUAAGAGACUCAUCAUAGCCAUGGAUGCUGCAUUUGGGAUGGAGUAUCUUCAUGGAAAGAAUAUUGUGCACUUUGAUCUGAAAUGUGAGAACCUGCUAGUGAAUAUGAGAGAUCCCCAUCGACCUGUAUGCAAGAUUGGUGAUCUUGGCUUAUCAAAGGUAAAACAACACACUUUAGUGUCCGGGGGUGUGCGUGGAACUUUACCAUGGAUGGCACCUGAACUUCUUAGCGGAAAGAGUAACAUGGUAACAGAGAAGAUUGAUGUCUACUCAUUUGGGAUUGUCAUGUGGGAAGUGCUUACGGGAGAUGAACCUUAUGCAGAUAUGCAUUGUGCUUCUAUAAUUGUAGCCCAAAGGAGGAGUGUGUGAAGGGUCGCGCCUCUGUCUUGGUGUCUUUCAGCAGCACGAUUGUUAGUUUUUCUUACAAGCAGCUUGAUAAAUUGUCAAGGCAUGGGCCCUUGAAGUAAUAACUGGGGGGUGUAAUUGCAUCCGUGAAUGUGUAGCAUUAAUCUCUCUCAAGGGACUAGAAGUUGUAUGGAGGGGGAAAUGAUGGAUAUUGCUUUUGGUGGAACAUUAGGUUUUAUGUAUUAUUGACUGUUUCUGCUCGACAUUGUUUGAUGCUGAAACUGUUUGUUUGUUUUGAUGCUUCUCUCACAUCUUUAUUUAUUUAUUUAUUUUUUUGCUGAACUUCUUUCACAUCUUUAUUAUCUUAUUGCUUAUGGUAAUACCAUAAAUGAGUUCACAGAAGAACAAAUUUAUACUUGUCAUAAUUGUUCUUCUAUUUUGUCAAAGGUUCUUCACACAUUGAGAUUAUAAUCUCCAGAUACAACCACGUCUAGAAUUUGGAGUUUACAACAUUUGAUAUCUGGCUUAUGAAAUGCAACACUAGACUUCUGUUCUAUUAUUUAAAGCACAUGGGGCUUUGGUUUUGUACUUUGAUGCCAUAUAUCCUUGAUUUUCCUCGAUAUUGAUUAGUUUUCAGAAUAUCAUUU